UGACAUACAUUGGCAUCAGUACAUCCAUCCUGAGAUGUGAAUAAAGGUGUCCAACCUCUUCUUGGUAUACUUCGUCUUGUUAUCAUUAACACAAGUACCUACAAUUGUAUAUCCUGUGUAUCAAUCAUCAACAUGGCGCCCAAAGGAUUUGCCAUACUCAUCGGCGCAGGACCGACAUCCGGCGCAGGCAUUGCCCGCGUUCUCGCGAGUCCUCAACACGGCAACCUCGCCGUCGCUCUACUCGCAAGGAAUCCGGACAAUCUCCAGAAUCUUGCAUCCAACCUUCGAAAAUCGUCUAACGGCAUCCUUCAUCCCUUCCCCACAGACACCCAGCCCGACAACCUCCGGAGAGCCUUCCAACAGAUCGCCGAUCACCCAGACUUCAAGGACCUGAAGCUGAAGUUGGCCAUCUACCACGUCAAGAACUCGAGCCGGAAACCGUUUCUUGAGGAGACCCCCGAGGCGUUCAACGACAGCAUGAGUACCUACACCACCGGUGCCGUCGUCUUCGCGCAGGAGGCGCUGAAGCUUAUGUACGCCCAGAACGGCGGGCAGACACUCCUCGCAGACACCGAAGGCGCGAAGAAGGGCACAGUCAUUUUCACGGGCACACUGGGGGCCCUGCGCACAAAUCAGCAAUACGCCGCCUACGGUGCCUCUCGAGCGGCGGCGAGGAUGGUGGCGCAGUCUAUCGCGAAGGAGCACAGCAAGUUUGGCGUACAUGUUGUCCACGCCAUCGCCAACGGCGGGAUCAUUGACGAGGAGAACGAAAACACAAAGACUGGCAAGAGUAUACGUGCGGAAGACGUUGGCGAGUUGUACUUGUGGCUGUCACAGCAACCCAGCUCGUUGUGGACUCAUGAGCUGGACAUGAGACCGGCACAAGAGACUUUCUGAUGCUGCCGGGGAGCCGCGUGGGAACUUGGCAGACCUUCAUAAUUGUAACCUAGUUUAAGAGGCUUCUUUUUUGCACGCAGUCUCUCAGGCGGCGCUCCACCAGGUGCGAUGAUGUAUGGUAGAUGGUCAGGGACUCAAUCCGAGACAAAACUUCGGGCAAGACAUCGCGAUGGACACGUUGAAUCUGAAUUUUGCAUACUUACUGAUGGUCUACAACUCAACAUGGCGAUGUGUUGUAAAACAGGACAAGAGAAAUGAGAAUAAGAGUAAGACUUUU